AAAUUGAAAUACUUUAUUUUGUAGUAGCCUUUGUAAGCUCUUUGUACACACUUCUCCUGCACACACUCUUGUUUACUUGAUCCGUACUAGAAUAAAAUAAUAAAAUAAUAAAAUAAAAUAAUAAUAAAAAAAAACCACUGGAGGAAAACCCAUCAAAUCAACUUAAAACAACACAACAUGCUAGCACUCUUGUAAGAUGACGGUAUGCAAUAGGGUUGACGAAUAUGCAAAAAUAAAUUAUUUGGUGAUUACACUAUGUAUUGUACAAAGAAUACGUACAAUACAAAUAACUUAUCAGAAAUACAUUCCAAAUUGUAUUAUUUCAUUUUAAUUAAUCUAUCAAUCAUUCUCUCAACUAACUUAUUACACAUUUGGUCCAAUAAUAUAUCAUGGAUAUGUGAAAAAUGUCCUUCCAAAUUUUCCAAAGCCCAGGGUGACAUCCUCAAAUGUCUUCUCUUGUCCAAUAAACAGUAAAAAAAACAAACAAACAAACAAAAAAAAACUACAUAUUGAGUUUAUUAUCACAGAAGAUGAUAAAUUCAAGAUACCAGAAACAAUCACAUCCAAGAAGCUGAAAACAGAGAAUUUUGACAUGUUUUCUUUAAAACAAAAAACACCCAAAACAAUUAACUGUUGCCAAUUAUUUUGUUAUUAUUAUAAUAAUCCAAUUAAUCGACUCAUCGUUGCAGCCCAAUAAUGAAAAGGGAGACAAAUAAAAGUAAAAGUGCAUUAGUAAUGUGACAUUCCACCUUGAGACUCCAGGACAUCUUCAGUACUCCUGUCAUAAAUUGUUAAAUGUGUGUUGAAUUGGAGUGAUGAACAGCGUUCUUCCAAAGGACAUUAUCUCAUUCAGUGUUUUGCUGAUGGUGGUGGGGAGCGCUGCCUAACAUGUCACCACAGUAUCUCCCAUAGGUGUUUAAUCAACUAAAGGACCCCUGAAAUCUGCUAAAGGCCCACUAGAGACCUCCUGAUCAGGUACUAGGACCACUACAACCUCUAGAAGACAUCUCUGACCUCUUAAUUACCACAAAAACUUCCUAAAGGCCCACUGGGAACCUUGUGAAGGACUUCUGAGACCUUGUAAAGGACCACCAAAACCUCUAAGACUCCUUGAACUUUCUGAAGGACCUCUACAUCCGUCUCACUGACCACUAAAACUUCCAAAUCUACAUGCAGAACCUUCUCAAAGACCAUUAGAACAUCCAAAAGGAUCAGUAGAACCUUCCUAACUAUGACAACCUCCUAAAACCAUCUGUAGAUCCUGUGCACUGACCACUUAAACCAUCUAAACAACCACUAGAACGACCUAAAGGACCUCUAUUACCUUCUCAUCCACCAUUAAAACAUCCUUAACAAUCCUGAUAACCUCCUCAAUAAGCAACAGAACCUCAUAAAAGACCCAUAGAACCUUCUUUAGAUAGACCAACAUAAAAUGAGAGCCAGGUUUUUCCUUUAAUUUUUAUGUAAACUCAUAACAUUUGGAUUUCUAGCCAUCAUCUUUCAAAAUUACAUUUGUGUAAACAACAAAUCACUAAAGGUGUCAUGUUUAGUUCAAAGGCCACUUUAUACAGUAUGUAGAGAUCUUUGCAUCACUACUGACAUCUUUUAUGUGAAGUGUAUAAUGCAUUCCUAUGAAGAUCAUCUCCUCCAAAUAUACCUAUCAUUUCUCACCAGCAUUUUGGCACUUAAAAAAUGAUUUCUGUAUUGGUACACUGAAUUUGAUUUGGAUUGGAUUUUUCCUCUGGUGUUAAUGCUGGCGUUAUUGAAGCUAACAGUAACACUGGCAGGAUCUGUAACACAGCUCUUCCUUUUGGGCCAUGUUGCAGUAAUCAUGAUGAAGGAUUCUUGGCAAAGGCAUUGUCAUUUAGUAUAUUUUAUCCAUGCGCUGACACUCCCAACAGUACUCAGUCUGCCAAAGUACCUCUUUGCAAUUAACCCCCAUAUGUACAUCAUCCUUCCUAAAAGAGUUAUAUUGAAUAAACGUGACAAUCAUGCAUCCUAAUUUAAAUAAAGUAAAAUGUGAGCUCAGUGUAAGACAGAAUAAUUCUUUUUUUCCUUGGAUUAUGAAUAACAUUUUAAUUUACUUUGUUUUAGUAUUGCCUAGAAUUUAACUGAAACACACUGGUGCUGGUGAGUUAUUCGUGUGUAACAAGAGCUGAAACAACUAGUUGAUUAAUUGACUGAUUAAUAAUUUCUGUCAUUUUAAAAGAAAAAUUAAUAACAUUCUAUUGUUGCUCUUUCUACAAUGUGGAGAUUUGCUUUUCUUUUUCUUAUGUGUUAAUAAACUGAAUAACUUUGGGUUUAGAAGUGUGAAAAAGGAAUUUGAAGCUGACAUCAUUAAAAAAAAACUUAUAAUGGGCAUUUUUCACUAUUUUCUCUCUUAUUAGAUUAGAUUGACUGAUAAUGAAAAUAAUUAUUAGUUGCAGCCCUAUAACCGCUAGGCACACCUGAUGAUGUUCGAUUCAGUGAACAAAUAAUGAAUGAAAUCAAUGAACAAAUGGCUCCAAAUUGUUGUGGAGACAUUAUUCCAGUGUUUUAGAAGCAUAAUACAGAUAUGACGACAAAAACUUCAAGCUAUAAAGACGAUGACAGGUCAAACCUGGCCUAAAUACCACUUAAAAUUGUAUGGAUGCACAAUAAUGUGUGGGAUUUUAUUCCAACUAAACAUAAGAGUUAAUGCCAGUGUUAAACACAGACUACUAUUAGCCUGACUGGGAGUUGUCUAAUUCACCAACUCUGCCAAAGGAGAUAAAACUUUUUACAUAAGAAGGCGUUUGAUAGUCGCACUGUCGCCAAGUCUUCUGGGAUACUAAAGAAAAAAUAUUUUUAAGGGUUGUUGCCCACUAAAUUGUUCCCGGAAAAGGAUGUUUUCCUUUAUAAAUGCAGCACAGACAGGUGUAAAUUACACAUUGGACGUGUGUUCUGUGAUGUUAAAAUGUUAAAUAUAGUCAUGUAAGUGUUCAUAUUUCCAGGGGAAAAACCGCCGGUGCCAUCUUUGAAAGGGUCCGUGCUUGGCUGAACUCCGGGUUUGAGGAAGCUUGUCCGCCCGGUAGUCGGAGCGGAGGGGGACUCGACGGCGAGACCUUCAGGCGGUGUGUGGUGAGCUGGUGACGGACACCGACAUAUCUCCACGACGGCUUUCCUAACAUCUUAAACCAAGGCAAAGAUGAACGCACUUCUGCUGUAGCAGUCGUUUUGUGUCAUAUUUAGAUUGAACAAUGUGACUGUGAUCGGAGGCAGUUGCACUCCAGUGGUCGAGGACCUCACCCUACUUCUCUAGAAUGUACUUGAUGAAUGUACCUCCUGUCGCAGCGACGCAAACAGAAUGGAGAACAUGUGGCCCACCUGGAGGCUAUAGCCUUCAGUGCUUCAAUGACUCUGACACUGAGUUGUCCACCAGAGGCACACCUAUCUCAAACAAGGUCCAGAUGAUCAUAGAGAGCCUGAGGAGCACCCAGUCCUCACUCGAGAUGGGUGACGAGAUUGAGGGAAAUGUGCUAUCAGGACAAGACGGUCAUCCGCAAGUCUGCAAGGUUGCAGUGGGUUCUUAUGUAGGAGCCAAGUCCAAAACGAAAGGCCCCACUGAAAACCAGCAGGCAGAUGUUUCCUCCCCAGUCAACCAUGAGAGCAGUGACUCCGACAGUGAUGAUUCUGUGGACAGAGGAAUUGAGGAGGCAAUACUGGAAUACCUGAAGGAAAAGGAUGAUCACAAACGCAAGGCAGAACCAUGCUCCACGUUUCUCCAGUCAUCCAAAAUUCAGAGGAAAAACUCACCCAUUCCUGAAGUUUCCAAACAGAACUCUGACAGCAAUACAUUUUUGAUCACAAGUAACCAAUAUCCAAAAAGUGUCAAAGCCGAGACACCAGCAGCACCAGCUGUUAUACCUAUUAAAAAGUAUAUCAAAAACAAGGCCACCCUCAAUGACAACAUGGUUAAGAAAUUGGAUUCCAAUAAAAGUACAAUAACCAAAAGUUUAAUCUCAUCCAAAGAGCAGACAAAGAGCCCAUCUAAAACAAUCAGGAUUUUCAACAAAGUGAAGUGCCCAGUCACAGUGAAGCUGGAGGAAGACUCAAAUGAUUCCAGUAGUGAUGAUGGUAUCGAAGAGGCAAUUCAAAGGUACCAGUUGGAGAAAAGGGAGCAGCAGAACAGAAGGGACACUUUCAAUCCACAAGCAUACAAAGAUGAGUCAGACUCCACUAGCGAUGAUGGGAUUGAAGAAGCUAUUCGCUGCUACCAGCUUGAGCAACUCAAGGAGAAGAGUGUCCUGAAACCAUUCUUACACAAACAGAAACACUUUAGUAAGUCAUUAAUACAUGCUGUUGGAAGUACAAGCACGGAAAACAUGAAGAAACACAAACUGAAAAAGAAAAAGACCAGAACAGAGAAAGAAUUGAAAUCUGUUCCUCCUUCAUCUGCUUUCAUCCCCAAGAAUUCAUUCUCCGAGGGCCAGAGAGGUAAAGGAAAUGGAUUAUUUUCGUUUAAAAUAGAAAGUUUUAAGGAUCAACCUACAACUGCUCCCCCAAAGGUUAAUACAACUGCAGAGCUCAUGUGUGCUGAGGCAAUACUGGACAUUUCUAAAACUGUUAUGCCCGGGGCCUUCCAUCAUAGUGUUGGCCUUAGCAGCAGUUGUGCCCCUGCUGAAUCUUCCUUGCAGCCCUCACUUCCUGACACUUGCCCAGAUGAAGAAAGUGAUGACAGCUCCAUUGAUAGUGAAGAUGGGAUCGAGCAGGAAAUCAGGAAAUUUCUCGAGCAGAAGGCCCAAAUGCACCAACAGCCACCUGGCUCAGCAGUGACUCAAGAGCCUCAAGGUAUGAAUGAGCCAGAGAAAGCAAAAGCAAAACAAGUUGCAACCCAGAAGAAACCUUCAAGAGUGUCAUUGACACAGAGAAGAAAACACAAAGAGGAAAACUGUAGCAUUUUCAACAUGUCAGGGAUUGAUAAUAGUGUUAAAGUAACAUCUCCUAAAUCUUUACCUGAGCAUAGAAAAGAUUUGAGCCCAUUGGUAUCUUCGCACAGAAGUCAAACACACCCAGUCGCUGGAUUAGCUAAAACAGAACAAAGUGGAGACAAAAGCAGCUCACUUGACAGUGAUGAGGACCUAGACACCGCUAUAAAAGACUUGCUCAAGACAAAAAAGAAGUCAAAGAAAAAGAUAAGAGACUUAAAGCGGAAAUCAAGGAAGUGCCUCAAGGAAGAGGAACCACUACCAACAAAUGUUUUACAGACCAAAAAGUUAAAACCUGAUUCUUUUUCCAAGCGCAGUGCUUUGAAAAAAGUACAAAAGUGUAAGGAUAACAUCAAAGACAAGACUGGACUGAGUAAAAAGAACAUUUUCCAACAUAAACAAAUAGAUAAAAUAAAAGAGCAGGAAAUGCAUGGAGGUGAUACAGAAAUAUUGAAAGGCACUGAAGGUCUAGACUCCAUGUUGCUGCACAAUAAUCAGACUGCUCCUCAGUUAAAGGAAGAUAGUAGUUCAGUGGACAGUGACGAUAGCAUUGAGCAAGAGAUCAGAAGGUUUCUGGCUGAAAAGGCCAAAGUUUCAACUGCAUUGAAAAGUAAAGAUGGAGAUGUAUCAAGGAAUGGUACCGUCACAGUUUGUACCUCACCUCAAGAAGAAGAGAUUAAACAGGAAAAUCAGCUGGCUGAAAUUCCAAGAAUAAGUGUCGCCACCCCUUUCUCUGGACAAUCACCUUUGAGUUGUCCCCCUCAAGAUAAACAGACUCUUCCAACGCCACAGAGUUUGCUGCCAGACAUCUCUACUGUUGGUGCACAAUCAUGUCUGUCCUCAGUCCAGUCCUGCAGCCCUAGUGUUUUGGAGCCGGCAGAUGGGGCAGGGGCUGCUAGAACCGAGCAAAGGAGGCCCAGCACAGGGAGAGGUGACAUCCAGGACGUCACUCCUCAGGUGGAGAGAGUUCGACCAGCUUUGAGUCCCAGUAUUGCUCAUUCUCGUUCUGAGUCAAAUAAGUGGCGCCAGAGUCUGGGACUUCCCAUUACUGACACAAGAACUUUCAGUAGAACACCAUUCCAUAUGAAUUCAUCCAAAAUCAGCGAAACUGCAUCAGCAGCUCUACCAUAUCAAAGCGGGAGCAUCAACCUCAAAUCACAGACUCCAGUCUCUGUUUGGUCCUCUACAAGGACAAGUGUAAAUACCACGUUCAGGUCCCCUGUUUUGAAUCUUUUGUCUGCUGCCAGGCAGCAUCCGAGGAUGUCCUUUACACGGAGCCUGCCGCCUGGCCACCAGUCACAGUGCUCUAUAGAAGGAGAGACAGAGAGUAUGGUGCAUAUGUCUAAGGACAAGAGUGUGUUUGUCGAACUGGAAUCUAAUAGGACCAACCAUGUCCAGGUUCGAAGCAGGGAAAGGAGCGAGGGAAAGGAGAGAGUGGACUUGCUAACUGAGAAAAAAAGAGAGGGCGAGAGCAUGAAGAGAGAUGAUAAAGAAGUACAUCUAGAAAGAACAGAGGAAGAGUUUGUGGAUGAGGCAGAUUGUGAGUCAGGCGACAGGAGAAAUCCAGAGAAGCAGCAGGGCUUUUCCACAUUGUCUUUGUCCAGUGCCAUUGACCCUGGCAUCACCUUCAGACCCUGCAUAGCUCUUACCACAGAGGAGAGAAGCAGGAUGUUCAGCAGGAGGUACCUGGCUGAAAAAUGCAAGAAGGAGAAAGCUUCUCUCAUUAGUGCUCCUAUUCAGAGCAAGACUCUGCAACGUGUCAAAAGAAAGCUUCAGUUUGUUCCAGUGAGCAGGAGAAACGAAGCACCCAACCAGCACAGCAUAACAGAAUGAUACUUCACUCUGCGUUUGAAACAUGCAUGUAUAUGGUGUUUGAUAUUGCAAGCUGUGGUUUGUUACUUUGCACUUUAUUAAGUGUUUGUUUAUGUAAGGUUUCAUGUUGGUUUUGAUGUUGCAGACUAAUGGCAAUUUUAUGUUUUGGAUUACAGUAUUUAACACUCCUUUUUUGAAGUAUGAAAAAUGUCUUAUGUCCUAUUUUGUAAUGUUCUAAGUUAUAUAUUAGAUAGAUUCUCUGAAAUACGUAACUAUACAUGGAGAAAGAAAUUUCAGUUUACUUGUUUGUUUAUGUAAUCAGUUAAGGGCAUUUCUUCUUUUUUGCAGUUUUGAAGUACAAGGUAAAUCUUUAACCCCAGGAACUGCCGGAGUGUGGUGCCUUUUUUUUUUCAUGUUGCCCCUAAAUAAGAAUAAUUUUUCUGGUGUCAAGGUUGUUGAGGAGUUGACCUUGGCCAGAUAGACAACAUGAAUUCCUCUUCAUACUACAGCUAUUGUUUUUGUAAGUGUCACCUUUUUUUUGCCUAGUAUUUGUUAUAAAUCAGGAGUUAUUCAACAUUGACAUUGGUUCAUAUUGUUUUUAUAUUUAAUAGUUGUUCAAUGUAAGUGUGGCGCAGUGAGUGUUGUGCUUUGUUUUU